AUGAUCACCCAUCAGAGAUUCCCUCCUUCGCACGAAGCUCCCUUUUUCCGGAAACAGGCGGUGUCCGCUGCCCGCCGCGAGCUGAAGGAGAAGCAGCGCAGGGCAUCGGAGGGCGAGCGGCGCCUUGCGACGCUGGGUGCAGAGCUGAAGGAGGUGCGAGAGGCGCGGUUGCAGCUCCUUUGCCAAAGUGUGUUAGAGGAGAUCGACCUUCCCUUCUUGGGCUCCAAGAAGGACAGCAAAGCUGCCUUGCGCAGAGUGGCCCAAGUGGCGGGGGAGCCCACGACCAACGAGCUCAGUCUAGACGUGCAGUUGGACUUUCAGCAGUUGCCAGAGGAGCGUCGUGCAGCUGCCACAGGAGGCCCCGCGAGCCAGUUGUUGGAGGAUGAGUAUCGAAGUGAACUUCGACGCUUGGGAGGUGAGCUUGAGCAGCUGCAGCCCAACCUCAAGGCAUUUGACCAGCUGGAACAGGCUGAUCAAGAGGCCAUGGUUGCAGAGCGUGAGGCGCAACGUGCCCGAAAGAAAAUGGAGGCCGUGGAGCGGAGCUUUGAGGAGGUGCGAUGCCAAAGACGGGAGACGUUUAUGGAGUGCUUUCACAAGGUCCAGGAGGAGAUUCAGGAGGUCUACCGCAGUGCUGUGCUUUUCGAGUUCGGAGUAUCCGUGGCUCCGGAAUCACAUCAAAUGGGCGACGACUUGGAGGAGCUGAAGGCCGAGAAUGAGAAGCUUAAAGAAAAGCUCCGUGCGAAAGUAUGGAGCAUGGCCCUUGCUACGGUCUCUGAGAUGGAGAAGAUCGCAGGUGGUGCGAGCCAUACAGAGAACGUGACCUUGCCCAACAGAAUCGCAGCGUUGGAGCGCUCGGUCUUUGGACAAUCUGCAAGCUCAGAUGAUUUAGAACGUAUCGCGGCGCUGGAAACGGAGUACAAGCAGCUCCAAGAUGACUACGUGGUGUUGUCAGAGGAGCAUCAGAAGCUGCAAGACAGGCCGCCCGUGAUCAUCAAGCAGGAAGACAACAAGUCUGCCUUGUUGGAGGAGCAGUUGCGUCGAAUGCAGGAGCAGUACCAGGCGAUCCAGCAGAAGCUGAACAAGAUGCGCGUGGAGCAUCUUGAUCUCCAAACCACGCAUCGAGAACUCUUGGAACAGCAUGAGACCCUGAGGGGUGAGGCCGAGAAAGUGGAGAAGGAGCUCAGCACACAGCUCAGAGUCCUUCGAGAGAAGCAUGCGAGAGUGGGGCAGGAGCUCCAACAGCUUCGCUCCAGUUCGCAUGAGAUGUCUCGACAACUCCAAGAGUGCAAGCAGGAGAAGCUGAAACUCUUUAACGAGUUGCAACAGCAGCAGGAGAAAUCCGAGAACAUGGAACAGUUGAGAAUCGACUAUGAAUCUCUGCUGGGUAGCUUUGAGCGUUUGCAGGAGGAUCACGAGCAGCUCGUGGAAAAGAGCAACCGAUUUCGCAAUACGAUGGCGGAUUCGUGGGCAGAACGUCCAAAGAGUGGUGCCGGGCUCUUGCCACCCAUCACGCCGCUGACGGCCAACUCCCGCUGUGCCACGCCUCGAUCGCCCGAGCGUAGCUUCAGCUUGGCGGAGAUGAAGCUCAGCUGCGAGGAAUUCUCCAAAGAGGUGACCUUCCCUUCGUCCUUGCUGGAGCCCAACGGCCCCCUGUCCGUGUCGCAGCUGAAGACUCGGCUGAUGGAAAUCAGAGGUACUGUCUUAUACUGCCAACAAGAGGCAGACUCCAAUUUCUGAAGCAUCUACGGUCUUUUUUUUGCCACAAUGGCAAUCGGCCCUUAGUUCCUUUCGCCGGGUAACAACUCGCUCCUCAUUUUCCCUCUAUCCAGCCCUAUGAGUGGAUAGAGCGUAGAAACCGCCCCCUGCUCGCAGAACUCAGUGCUGAGUAGACCGUUUUUUUGGUAUUUCUGGGUACCAGAACAUGCUCUGAGUAGACCGUUGUUGCAGAUUCAGGAGUUUUGGACCUUCGGACCCCUGUGGACCCAGAAGAAGUCCGGACCUUUCUCGCUCAAGACACUGGACCUUUUGGCCAAGCCAGCUGUUCGGCGAUCUUUGGGAGCCAUGACCACUUUCCCGAAGCAACAUGAGAUUCAUGUCUGGAUACAGAUGAACCGACGUGAUUGCCUGGAAGACACGGCCGUGCACUAGCUGGGAUCGGCUUGAUCCUCGGUUCUUAAAACAGUG